AUGGUUUAUGUGACCCCGACACCAGAUAUGUUGGUGAGGCCAGGCCAGCAUGUCAGCAGUGAUGGAAGGAUAUACCACCAUUAUCUAGCCCAUUGGGCUGAGGCACGGGAUCGAUCUACGCUCGUAGAUUUCCUCAUGAUCUUAAAGGAUGUGUUUGCCAAAGAACCACCUGUGAUAUCUAAAGAGGCUCCGAACAGGAGACCGCCACCGCCGACACAACAAACAAAUACGCCGCCUGCAGUUCCUCCAUUACCGGCUGAGCUAGCACGGCCUCCACCGAGCGCUACAUCGACAACAGCAGCUCACCCGCCCGCCCCUCCAAAGUUGCCACCAAAGUUAGGCGGAGAAAGGCCGCAGUCCAUGCAACAACCAGCUCAGAAUACAACGCAAAAUGUUCCACCACCUUUACCGCCUAUUCCAACAGAGCUACAAUCUGCCCCUCACCAGGCGGGUGGAAGGCUGCCAGAUAGUCGAGGGAGCCAGUUCCCACCCCAAAGCUCAAGCAGUCUAAGAAGAGAGAUCACACCCCUGUCCCAGCAUCCACCUCAGACGCACCCAGGCCAUCAUCAUCAGGGCUAUACCCCGGGGUAUCAGGAUCGUGGAACAUCAAACUUCCAGGAACCCCCUGUACCUCAAUAUCAGCAUGUACACCGGAUGUCUCAUCAGCCUCAGCCUCCUCUUUCACAACAUGGCCGUAUCGCGCACCCCUCGCAGCAACAGGCAGCUUACCACCAGUAUGGGCCCCCGCACGGCCCCCAGCCAGGGGUUCAUCAAGCUCCGGCCAUAAGGGGGCCUCCCCCAAAGAAAUCUCCUACUCCUGAUCUUCUUACUUCGCCAUUUGAUCUAGAGCUACCCUCUCAACUACCCUCAUCCGCUCCGCCUCCAAUUCCCCCAAAUCCGGAGAAAGACGUGCUUCUACAAACCCUGUCACGGACUCUAACCCAAACCCUGCAUGCCAACAUCGAGCAGACGAAUUCUCGCAUAGAUCCUUUAAAUUCGCAGUCAAAGGCAUUGCACGACGCAAUUGCCACCCUGCGAUCUGAAAUUGCCGCCGUCAAUGCAUUCCACGCUAAUAUCCAGUCAAAUACGCAAAUCCUACAACAGUCUCUCUAUCGCGCAGAUGGGAUUAUUGCAGAUGCAAAGACACGUAUAUCAUCGUCUUCGGCAUCUUCUUCUUCCCAACAGCCUUCUGGCCUACCUCCAAUAGAUGAGGUACUAGUUGCUCCAACGGUGGUAGGGAAACAGAUUUACGAUCUUGUGACGGAUGAGCGCAGCAUUCAACGAGCUAUUUACGCUCUUCAGUCUGCACUUGUCAGGGGACGAGUGGGGGUCGAUGUAUGGGCCAAAUCAACGAGAAGUUUAGCCAGAGAGGCCUUUUUGAAGAAAGCUUUGAUUCGAAAAGCUGCAAAGGGAAUGGGUUUGGUUGUUGAGUAA